AAUUUUUCAUACAUAUAUGAGUGCCUGCGUAUUGAGCGUCAUUCUCUGCCAGAGUACCACGGCUCGUGUGUUCUUGUAUCAACAUAACUUGUAAUCUCCCUCCUGUUGGACGGCCGUUCGUCUCUCACAGUAUCAGUCCUGGGCCCUAACGUUUCUAGGUGCUUUGGGGCCCCUUGGAUCAUUCUUGAAAAUACACAAGUUGGCAUCUAUUAGCAGAGUUAGGUUGGAAGCAUAUAUCAGGAGAAAGAAAGAUAGAAAGAAAGAAAGUAAAAAAAAUAAAAGGGCUAACUAUGAAGCCCUUGCAUCCAGCUACUCAAGCCUUCUGAGGCCUUAGAAGGCUAUUUGGUUCACAGAUUUCAAAGAAUAUGAUGGAGAACAUGCAAUAUGCAGAGGAGCUUGUGAGGGAGUUUCUUGUCUUCAGGGGUUUUACGAAUACUCUUCAAGUCUUUGAGACCGAGUUGUCCACAGAUAUUGGUAAAGGCUUUGAAGUGGAUAAGAUCAUUGACUUGGUUUUCUCAGAGUACGUGCCCAAAUUUCAGGCAGAAAAGUUGGUCAGCUUGCUCAGCUUCUUGAAGCAGUGCUUAUCUUCAUCUUCAGAAACGGUUCUUAUUUCUACAUUAUCCAAAUUGGAGGUCUCAAUUUUACGUUAUUAUAUCAUCCAUGCCUUGCGAUCAGGAAGGAAAGACAAAGUUGUAGAGUUCUUUGGAACAUACGGAAAUGAUUUAUUGCAAAGAGGUGGGGAUUGGACUCCAUGGUUUGCUAUUCCAUAUCUAAAGAACCCAAGUUUGGAGCCUCAGUUUCUGGUUUUCUUCUCUAGGGAAUGGUUUGAUGCCUUGUCUCUUUCCUUCAGAAAUUUCUUAAGCGAGAUCUUCAAUGGUACUCGCAUCCCUGCUUUGUUAAAGAUCAGUACUGAGAAGAACACUGUCAAGCGUCUCAAGAAGGACAUAAAGCAACUGAAUGUUAUGUUGUCACAGCUCCAGGCUUUAUUAGAGUCAAAGGAGGCUCAGCUCUGCCAAUUGAGGAGUACUGCGGCAUCAGCAAUGGAAACCAGUGUGCUCCGAAAGAACAGCUCUACAUUUGAUCUGUCAACAGGGAAUUCACCAAAAGAUGUGCUUGUAGGCGAUAAUCUUCCAUUAAGGAAUUUCUAUGAGACUAGUAGUUCGGUUUCUACUUCCCAUUUGGGAGAGUCAGGAUUUGGAGUGCAGGUGCAGGGUUUUGCAGAUCCUGCUAAGGUUUCAUUGGAAUCAACCUUAUCUGAGUCAGAGCAUGAUUCAAGUUCCCUAACAAGGCUUCCUCUUCAAGAUGUUAGAUCAGGGGAUGCCUUUCUGAUGUUUCAAGAAAGCGUUUAUUCAGAAACCAGCAGUGAAGUGCAGAGAGAAGAAUUCCCAGAAGUAAAAGUGGAGUUUCAGGAAACAUUCUUAGGCCACACCAGUCCAAUUAGUAGGUGCCGCUUUUCUGCAGCUGGAACUAAUAUUGCAAGUGCUUCUGCAGAUGGCACUGUGAGGAUUUGGACGUAUGACUCAUCAACCCCAACAUCCAGAAAUGCGACUAUAUAUUGUGGGGCUGAGAUCAUGUCACUUGACUGGGAAUGCAAAUCUGAUCGCUUGCUGCUCAUAGGCACAGCUGAUGGUGGUAUUAAAGCAUGGAAUGUUGAUGCAAAGAGAGUUGUCUGUGAUCUCAGCACAACUGCAUCAUUUCCAAGUGUCUUGGAUUUGAAGUGCAGUCCUGUGGAUCCGAUUUUUGUCUCUGCAGCUGCAUCUACAGGGCAUGGUUCAAGUAAUAUUGACAAAAUGGGAUUUGCUUCGUUGACUGUUUGGAAUAUGAAGACAUGGAAGGCUAUGACAGUCCUUCCUCUUGGUAAAGAUCCACCGGCAAUUACUUCUCUUUGUUUCAAUCACAAUGGGAAGAUUUUAGCAGCUUCUGCAACUGAUGGGAUGAUUCAUAUGUUUGAUAUGGCUGCUGGUCUACAAAUCACAGGGUGGCCUGCCCAUGAUGCUGCUGUUAGCUCUGUGCUAUUUGGACCUGACGAAACUAGCAUAUUCAGUUUAGGUUCUGAUGGAAAGAUAUUUGAAUGGAGCUUACAAAACCAGGGUCAGGUUCUUUGGUCAAGAGAUUGCAGCAGGUUCUGCUAUCCAGAGAGCACAAAAAACUGCAGACAUGAAAUGGCUCUAGAUUCUCAUGGAAGAAGAUUAUUGGUAACGUCGGAUUCUGUUAGGUCGCCCAUCUAUCAGGUCCAAGGUCAUAUGAGUGGACUGAGAACACUUCCACAUAGUGCAGCUAUAACAACUGUAGAUUGGCACCCUACAUUGCCCAUCUUCUUGACUGGAUCGGCUGACCAUUCCGUCCGCGUAACCUCCAUCUCAUAAGCAAUUCUUCUAAAACUCUUUGAAUCGGUAAGAUGGGAUCAAACCUGCCACUCAUUGCUGCGACACGGAGGACCAUUGAAUCAAGUCAAAAGCAUCCUGAUCCCGUUUAGUGUUUGUUUGUGUAGCUUGUAGUUUUGUAUUCAAGCAAAAUCAAUGCCUGCACCCCUAUUUCCCAUGGAGAAAAGAAUUACUCAGGUUGUGUAAGCCUCUGGUGAUAUGCAAUGUCAUGGUUUCCAUCCCAGCAUAUAUACCACAUACAUACAUGCAUGCUCAUUUAUUCAUUAUGAAUGCACGCAUUGACACGUGCUUUUUGGUGAUGUAGAAGAUUAA